GAGCUUUUUUUUCUCACACAGCGGUGGUGAGCAGCCAAGUACUGUGUGCCUAAUGGCAACAUUUGGCUUAAAUGCCCACAGUAAAAAUGCUUUAUAAAAAUGUAUGAAUGAGCCGUACUAUGGACGUGGUCUUCAAUAAUCCAAUGAGUUUUCAAGAUUAUGGAAAACCGCGAGCACAGCAAAUGUGUGUGUUCCUUCGCCUUGUCGCACAGCGGAGAAAAACAUUUGGCCAUGACUUGUUGCUAUGCAACCGCAACGCCACCCGCCAGAUUCAGCACAUCAAAAUGUCUGAAAGAAGAAUGCAUGAGACCAAAAGACCCAUGUCAUCCAAGGCAGAAAAGUCUCAAGGAGGAAAAUCUGUGAGACGUCCAGCCUCUGUCCACUCAAAGAAACCAUCCACGAUAGACCUACUUGCUAAAGAGGAGGAAUACAAACGUAUAAAUGCAGAGCUGGAGGCAAAAACAGCCGAACUAGUAAGGCAAGCGGAACAGGUUAUGAGUGACCAAAAUGAAGUCUUGUCAAAGCCAAUCUCUUUCCACCUUGAUGUUGACAUUGAGGAGGAGGAUUUCAAGAAUGUGAACAUGCUGGAAUCUUCAGUUAUGAAGCCCACUACUAAGGUAAUGCCAAAGAAAAGGGUCACAUCAAAAUCCAAUUCACAAAACAGACAUGGAAACCAGAGAAAAGCACAAACAACAAAGGCAGCUGCAGUUGAGGAUGUUGCAGUUCUUGAAGAUUUUGUGGAUUUUUCCUUGUCUAAAACAAUACGUAACAUUGAGGGGAAGCUGGAUGAUGGAGAUACUCAUGACAAUCUUAUGGAAGAUAUCAUGCCCAGUGUUGGGGAUGAGCUGGGAUCAGAUGCUCAAAUCCGUUUUCUCAAAGCAAAACUUUGUGUAAUGCAAGAAGAAUUAAACCGGCUAUCAUAUGAGUGCAACAAAAAGGAUGAUGCAAACAGUAGUUUAAGCACCAACAUAAAGGAGGUGGAGGAGGAUCGAGCUAGACUACAGAAGACCACAAACAUUCAGCAAACCCAGAUAGAGAAACACAGAGCUUUAGCGGAGGAGUCUAACAGAAAAGGUGAUGGGCUUCAGCAACAAGUAACUGCUCUACAGAAGGAAAUCGAGGGUUUGAAGAGAGCACAAAAACAGGCAGCAACCAAUCACAGUGCCAUAGAGGUAAGACUGAACAGAGCCUUGGAGGAAGUUGAGAGGUCCAAGACACAACUGACCAAGAUCAAGCAGAUGAGCAAGGACACAGCAGACCAGGAGCAUAAAAAAAUAGAAACAUUAAAAGCUGAAAACAAGAAGCUGGAAAAGCAAAAAGCUGAACUGAUAGUGGGUUUUAAAAAACAGCUCAAACUGAUUGAUAUACUGAAAAGGCAAAAAGUAAAUGCAUUUUGAAGCUGCCAAGAUGUUGUCAUUUACAGAAGAGGAAUUCAUGAAAGCUCUUGACUGGGGGAAAUCUUAAAGCAAUACUGAAAAAUGUAUGUAAUACAAUCCUGCUUGCCUUGAAUGUAUUCUUAUGGUUAGCUACAACAUUAAUUAUGUGGCCUUUAACAUUGUAUGUAAGUCAUGUAGUAUGUAUGCAUUGUUCAUUUAUACAGAAUAUAUUUGUAAUGCAGUUGGAUUUUAAAAGUUAACAUUUUAUUACAAUAAUGGGGUUAAAUCAAUUUAAAACUGUAGUUGCAUCAUCACCUAAUAAAGGAAAUUGUGUUUUUUUUAAAUUACUAAA